AACAAGGAAUGACCCAAUCAAAUAGGAGUAUUUUUUGGGGAGGUGGAGUGAGGAUAGUUUUUGCUAAUCAACUCCCAUUGUAGCCCGAACUGAUGAGCUUUGAGUCAUCCUGCACUUCUGCACCAAAUUAUUGAAAACACAGGGAGCCGCAAGCCCGCAACAGAUGGUGCUCGAUCGGCGUGACGGCAUCGCCUUCUCGGACUCGAGAUUGGCGACCGAGUUCGCUGAAGAGCGGCGGAAACUGAGGCGCUGGAUCUACUCGCCGACGUCGGAGUCCGGGGUUGAUCCUUAUUGCCACCACCCUCGUCGUAACAUUAACAACCUCGACGACGGAUGUCUCAUGCACAUCUUCAGCUUCCUUUCCCCAAUCCCAGAUCGGUAUAACUCCGCACUGGUUUGCCACAGAUGGAAUUUCCUGGCAUGCCACCCACAUCUUUGGCUGCGAGUUGACCGUUCCCUGAGGGAUCUUUCCCUUCCCAGAAUUUUCCCGAACAUUGAGACAGCUGUAUCUGCUGCAAGACCUGGGGACACCAUUCUGAUUGCAGAUGGUGGAAGUCAUCGUGUUUCAAAUAUUCAGAUUAGAAAGCCACUUUGCCUGAUUGGUGCAGGUCAAAUUCCUGAUGAUACUGUAAUUACUUGCUCCCGUGGUUCAGACAGGUAUGGAAAAUCUUCAUUACCACCUCCGCUUGGAAGUUAAGUGAUGCUAAUUUCAUCCAAAAAAAAGUUUGUUACAAGUACUACAAACCUGACUCGUUUUUUGGAUGGAGGUCGGAAGGAGUAUGAGGUACUCGCAGUUGUCAUACUAGUCAUUCAAAGCUUGUAUGGUUUUUUUUGGGUGGGGGGGAUUUGUUUCUAUUUUUGAAUUUGCCUCUAUAUACUAGUCUUGGGCUCCUUUUGUUUCUAGGGAAUGUAGCAUAUUCCUCGAAAAUAACUUGUUCAAUGUCUAAAGAAUCUAAGGAAAUAUUUUCUUUUGGAUAAAUCUUGGUUGUUUCUAAUUCUAGGAAAAUCUUUCUUGCAAAAUAUUUUCACAUCCCAAACAUAUAUAACAUUUUUCAUGAAAAAAACUUGUAAACAAACAGAGCUUUAGAUUAGAAAAUAAGCAUGUCUUUACCUCCCAUUUCCUUCAAACUUGCCACACCACACCACUGAACAAGGCUUAAGAUUGUCAUCUUCUGCGACCCUUUUUUCCCAAGUUUCUUUCUUUCUGUUUGAGCAGUGCCUUGGAGUUCACAUCCACUUGCAAACUAUCCAACUUAACAGUGAGGGUAGAGCUUGGCUGCUGCUUGCUUCACCGGAGUGGAAGGUUGAUCGUUGAUGGGUGUCUUCUUCAGUGUGAAACAAACCCUUUGGAUCAUCUGUCCUAUGCAAUUGUUAGUACAGCUAGUGCCGACAGUGUUUCAGUCUCGCGGACCCGAAUCGAAGGAGGUUCAAAGGCUGUUCUUACCAGUGGUACACUCACACUGCAGCAAGUCCGAGUCAUUUACAGUAGAACAUCCCUCUUGUUCUGGUUCAAUGUAGGGGGCGAUGGCGAUACUACUGUGCAAUCUUCAUCUGGUAAAUUAGUCGUUGGUUAGGUGUAUACAUUUACUCCUUUUAGCAUUCUUUUCUCAUAUUGCUCUGGCUUGUUUGUAACUUGUAAGUUAACUUGGUUGUAUUUCUAAUAGUGUAAAAAUAAUUUCAUACGUUCUCUUUCCCCUAAGACAUGUACAAGAAACAUUUAAAUAAGGA